GGACGAGCCGGAGUGGUUUUAGUGUGCCACGAUGGACACCUGCCUCGAGAGGCUGAAGAACGAGCGCAAGGAAUGGCGCAAGAAUCGUCCGGUGGGGUUUGUCGCAAAGCCCAGCGAGAACGCGGACGGCACCAACAACAUGCUUGUUUGGAGGCUCAAAAUCCCCGCCAAGGCCUCCUCGAUCUGGGCGCCCGGCCUCUUCUCGGCGACGAUGACCUUCACAUCUGAGUACCCGGCCCGGCCUCCGCGAGUCACCUUUGACCGGAUCGGCGGCGAGCUCCUCUUCCACCCGAACGUCUACGACGACGGCGGCGUCUGCCUGAGCAUCAUCAACCCGCCCGAGUCGACGCACGGUUACGGGCGCGGCGGCACCUGGCUCCCCACCAUCAGCAUCCGGGAGGUGUGCCUCGCCCUGCAGACCUUCUUGGACGAGCCUAACCUCGGCUCCCCAGCCAGCCGGGCGGGAGGCAACCGCCCGUACGAGGCGUGCCGGAGGAGCCGCGAGGAGUACGCGCGGCUGGUCAAGCAGCAGGUGGGGCGCGCCGAGGUGGCGAGUGGGUGAGCCGCAGAGCUUGUACGGAAUUUCUCCAGAUGGGGCCCGCAGUGCGCGGUGAGACCGGAGCGCGCCCGGUCCCGGCAGAGGUCCCGCGUCUGUAUUGGUUCUCGCAGCUCUCGCUUCCUGGGGCCCAUGGCGGCGGCGGCCGCGGCCUCUUCCCAGUGCGGGACGAGGAGAUGAUGAGCGACGUCCGGGAGAACUUGUACUGUCACCAACUGUCCUUGGUCCCCGUGGGGCAGGGCCGAGAGCGAGGGCGCCUGUGGAGGGCGCGCGGACUAGAAAGUCUAGACGCGCACCGCGAGGGGAGAGCGACAGGGCGCGCGCGGCCUGCGAGACGCGACCAUGGUUACCCGGGCGCAUCUCGAAUCUCGUGUUUUUCUCUCUCUUCCGCCUGGUUUUUAUUUUAUUUGUUAAUUUUAUUUGC